CCCCUCACCUUCUCUCACACCACCUUCUUCUAUAUAACCAUAACACAAUUUGGCAUCAAAAUUCAUACCUCAAAAUUCAAUUUUCCAUGGGAAUUCAAGCCAUGAAGGUUCAUCAACUGCCACGUGGACUCAUUUGGGAUCACGACCCCCCUUCCCUCUCCCUCGGCUGCAAGCGCUUCCGCUCCCUCGCCCCCAAACUCUCCACCACCGCUGCCGACACGCUCUCCUCCACCACCACCGCCUCCUCCUUCGACCUCAAAAGCUUCAUAAAACCCGAUCAAUGUAGUCCAAGAAACGUUGAAGUUCACAAGAAAGAAUCAUCUCAGGUAGAGGCGGCGCAGCCAGGCGGAACGCGGUGGAAUCCGACGCAGGAGCAGAUCGGAAUACUCGAGAUGCUAUACCGGAGCGGCAUGAGAACUCCGAACACACAGCAAAUCGAGCAGAUCACAGCGCAACUCGGCAAAUACGGCAAGAUCGAAGGCAAAAACGUGUUUUAUUGGUUUCAAAACCAUAAAGCGCGCGAGCGGCAGAAGCAAAAGCGCACUAGCCUCGGCCUCUCUCCUUCUACCCGAACACCGCCCCCGCCUCCCGCUUCUUCCCUCUUCCUAUCGUCGCCAAUAAAUAAGGAAGAGGAGAAUAAUCGUUAUAAGAGGAAGUGCGUUUUCGAUGAAGUGAGCAAAUAUUGUAGAGAAGAGGAAAAGGGAGAUAGGACAUUGAAGCUUUUUCCUUUGCACCCCGAAGGGAGAUCUUCAUUCAGGGAUUAUUGUUCGGAUUAAUUAGUGUUGAAUUUAACUUAAUUUAAUCUUCUUUUUUUGUAACUUGCUUUCGAUUGAUCCAGUUUCUAUUGGUGAUGGUAUCUGUGUAGCUUCUUUAUCUCUGAUUUUCUUUGAAUAUGAAGGAAAUCUUCUCUUUGUGAUGAUCAAUUAUGAAUAAUUACUCC